AUGCCUCGAAGAAAGAAAAACGAACAGAGCCCGACCAGAGUCCGCGGCGAUCCUCCUCCCCGGGAAGACUUUGGCCUUGGACCACCUCAGGGUUACGAUCUCACGUUGGCGUCCAACUUUUCACAAGGCAAAGAAGGCUCCGACAGGCAGAAAAUCACCCUGAAGAUGCAAGAGAUAUUUUCCCACUUGGACCCUGAAGUUAUACACAUCGUGCUGUCUGAGGCUGAUUUUAAAGUUGAAAAUGCCAUGGAUUCCCUUUUGGAACUGUCAAUUGCUGCUGAACUCGCCGGCACCGUUGACUCUCCGAUGUGUGGCUUUGAGAGCACUGCCGCAGCCUUGCUUAGUCCUCGUCAUGUUUCUCAACCAGGCUCUUCGGCAGCGUCAGAGCAACUCGCCUCUCCAUCUCCGACUACCAGUCUUCUGACAGAAGAGUUGGACCUUCAAGUUGAUCAGGCGCUUCAAAACCUGGCGGCGCAACAGGAAGGUCAUACAAAUAACCAGUGUUUGUCUGCUGACAUGACACUUUCAUCAUUACCGCCAUCACAGUUUCCAGAGCAGGUCUUCUCUGAGCUUCAGUUCAACCAGGAGCCUCAGAGUGGGCAUCUUGAAGGUGGCUUAGUGCUUUCUGGAGCUCCGUCUCCAUUUGAUGGACUCAACACUUGUGAACGUGGCAGCGGCGACGGUCAGAAGUCACUUGUGGAUUUUAAACACCUAGUGGCAGAAGAACCUGCAGACAGGCCAAAAUCUCAGUUGGAUCUUGUAGCGUCAGGGCGUCCCUCUGCUUUUCAGUUGUACAAAAAGAAUGAGUCAUCCCAAAUGCUUUUACAACCCUCCGAAAAUGCAGAUGCAGGAGCUACCACAGCAUCGUGGAAUAUUCAUGCUCCUACUUUCUCUCCCCGUUUACAUGGAAAUCAAGGACCUUGUUUUAUCACCCCUAUUGCACCUUCACACCCUUCAAUUGGACGUCCUUCUCCCUGGGGAGGCCAGGCUAGUCAAGCACCUCUUCGACCCUCUGCUACGAUUCCCAAAUCCUGGGCUAUGGCAGCAGCUGCACAUAAUCCAUCCAGAAUUGCACCUUCUCCGUCAAGCAGGCUUCAUUUGGAAGGGAAGGUGCUUGUGUUGCUACGUGGCGCAUCCGGGUCUGGAAAAUCCACUUUGGCCCGAGCUCUUGUCGAAAAUAAUCCAGGUGGAGUUGCACUGAGCACUGAUGACUACUUUACUUUUCAAGGACGCUAUCACUAUAAUCCUGCUUCUCUGGGGGAAGCUCAUGAGUGGAACCACAAGCGAGCCAAAGAAGCUUUUGAGAGAGGUGCUAGCCCCAUCAUAAUUGACAAUACAAACAUGCAGGGCUGGGAGAUGAAACCCUACGUGGCCCAGGCUUUGAAAUAUGAUUACAAAGUGCUGUUUCGUGAGACAGACACUUGGUGGAAGAACAAGCCCAGGGAGCUAGAGAGACGCAGCACACACGGUGUGUCUGCUGAACGGAUUCGCCGCAUGCUAAAUGACUACGAGCGCUUUGUAACAGUCGAGUCCAUCAUGGGUGCAACAAUGCCUGAGUGUAAAAUGCGCCUUCACCUGGAGAACAGAAAUGCACAGUGUGUGACUCCGGAAGCAAAAUGCCCCGACCUUGUCAGUGAACCUGGACUGAUGGACCGACGUAAGAAUUCCCAGCCUCGUCUCUUUUCCUCCCUUCCUGACGUGUCAUCUAUUGGUCACCCCAGUGAGUUCCACCAGUUGGAAGGUGGCAACCACCAAUCAACAGAAUCACUUGAUUUCCAGCCAGUUGGAAGUGCCUCAGAAAGUUCACACAAAGAUGUUGACUUGGGGGUUCUGGAUUUUGAGCUGGAUGCCCUAAAUCAGCCUGGUGCAGAACAGGGGAUACCCGAUUGUAUCGUGGAAUCAGUGAUGAACGAAGACCACCGCAAUAGUGAACCCCCGGUGGCCUUCUCUCAGUCUAUUAAACAAAGGCUGCCAAGAAAAAGAACAACUAGGAGGUUUGAAUCUGCAGAUCUGGUGAAAGAACUUGACCACCCAGAUGGCUUGGCAAUGGGAAAAGAACAGAUGAAUAAAGAAGAGGUAUCAGUGGCAGGUGGGGAAGAGAAAGAGACGUCCAAGAUGUUGCAUUUUGUAGGUGACUGGCCUUCUGAAGGGCCACUUGAUCAACGACAAGCAAGGAGAAACAAAAGCCACAAAGACUGCGAUGGAAGUGAAGACAGAGUGGUGUCUAAAGAAGUCAGCAAUGGCACAGGCAAAGUGCAGUUUCCAAAUCCUGAAAUGCAGAAAAUGUUUGAUAUCAUUCAAAAUUUGGGAGGUUUUUGCGAGUCUGUUUCUUCUUCAUCGUCGUCUCCCGUUUCUCCUUGCCUUGAGCAGAAUUUGGAGACAGAUGACAAAAUUCAAGAAUCCCUUAGGGAUAGCUCUGAGGAUGGAGAAAAAGAACAAAAUACGAAUCCAGAUAAGAUUGGCAGAGUUGAUUUACCAGAUUGCGUCUUAGACUGGAAAGCUGCAGAAUCCUACAAGGAUAAUGGUGAGAUUCUAAAGAGUGAAAAUGAAACGAGUAGAACCACAGUCUCAGACAUGGGUUGCGAAACAGAAUCAGACGCCGCUGCAAAUACCUGGUCUGGCGUCACCGCAUCUGAGCCGAAAGAGAGCUGUGGCACGGAGCACGAGUAUGGCAGAGCGUUUGCAUCUGCCCUCAGUACCGAGAUGGACACAAACCAACGCAAAGAGCAGACGGACAGUGAGGUGACAGUGCAGCCUCAAAGCGAACAUUCUAGUGAUGGCGCUGCCCCUUUGGAACCGCAACGAUGUGGAAAGCAGCGUCACGGUCGCAGAUCAGGGAAGCAGUGCAAACUAGCCCUCACUUUCACUCAAAACUGUCCAGCUCAUCCUUUCAAAACACUUGAUGAUCCUGACACCACAUCACAAAUGGUUGAUAUCACCACACAUCCCGACUUUGAGACCAGCCUCAGUCCUAAACUAGACUCGUGCAUCAAGCUUGAAGAAGAAGAGGUCCUUCCGCAAUCUGACUCGCCUUUCUCUUUGGAAAGAGGUUGUCCCACCCAGACUGAACCUCAGGACUUUGCCCUUCUAUGGCGUUUAAAUCAUCAAGACAGCCGGGCAGAUAAUGUCGCCGCUGCCUUCAGUGACAUCACAGUUCUAUGUGGCAUCUCCUCGCGAUUCGUGCCAGAGACUUCAUCGGCAGUUUCUGCUGCUGUUGCAGUUCACCCGUCCACCCAGAAUACAGUACCGUACCGCAUGGUGCACGAGAAGGGCACACAGGUAGAGGAGAAAGAAUGUGUGGCAACUCAAAGCCGUGUCGAGAGCCUGACCAUCCUCAGUCGUCAUUUUAAACUUGUUAGUUUGGAUACAUUGGAGGACUUGUAUGACAAAUGCCACCAAGACUUGGAAUGGACAACCAACCUGUUACUAGAUUCUGGAGAAAGGCUCUUCAAAGAUGAGGAUGUUCUUGAGGAGGUGCACAAGGACGAAGCUGGUAAAGUUGAACAGAGCAUCCCGUUAAUAGUUACAUCGUUAGAAACCAAGUUGGGAGAUGAAUUUACUUAUGCAGGGUCAACCGCUGUGGCCAAUGUGCUUCAACAGUCUGCAUAUGAGGAAGUUCGUGAAAUUGGUGGGACCUCCGAUACGAACUUCUCAGGAUUUGCUGGCACAGCUUCUCCAGUCAAAAAAAAGACUCAACUGGAGACACAUCUGCACACAGCUAGUCCUAGCCUGCCUACUAUGGAAAAGCACGGUGAAAUCCAACACCAAGCAAUAUUCGAGGAGUCAAGUUUUGCAACUCCAGAUGACAUUGCCAGCCUGGAAGAGAUCCACCGGCUUCUGCAGGCUGAGCUGGAAGAGUUGGAGAGAGAAGAAAGACAGAAGAAGGAUGAUGAGAGGACCGUUGGAAAUAGAGACUGCCCAGUCCUGAACAUCAACAGUUUGGAGCUGAAACUCCCCACUGAGCUGGCACUGCAACUAACUGAACUCUUUGGACCUGUUGGAAUUGAACCAGGUACAUGCUCUUCUGAAGACUACGCAGUGCAGAUGGAUAUGAACCUGGCUAAACUGCUCCACCAGAAGUGGAAAGAUUCGAUCCAGGAACGGAAGAGACAAGCAACUCUUUCCAACCAAUUGCUUCUGGACCGUAAGUUAAAACACAUCAUUGAGGUGGGGGGGUGGUGGGGGUUUAUAUUCUAUGGUACCCAUCUGUCUAACCUCAUUCUGCAAAAUAUGUGUCCUGUCAAAGAAGCAGGGAUGCCAGUGAUGGACCACUGGAAUUUAUCCCAGCCAUGUGUUUCUCUGCGGGACAUAAUGAAAGAGGAGCUGGCUAUGCAGGAGAACAUGAAGAUGUCAAGACAAAAUCGAGCAGAACUCAACAAGCGUGAUGGGGCCUCCAUGCUAAAAGAAGAUCAGCUCUACGCUCGCUUCCCCUCCAUUGACAGACAUUUUCUCCAGGAUAUUUUCAGGGAUCAUAACUACUGUCUCAGCCAGACGGAGCUCUUUCUGAACUCUUUACUAGACCAGGGGCCUGUAAAGACAGUCGUCGCUCCAGAAUUGCCUCGUUCUGGACACCAAAGAGCUCCCAGCAAAGAGAGGGAAAAGAAAGUUCCAGACUCUGACGUUGCUCAGAAGUAUCAGAACAUUGACGAUCCUGAGUACAAGGAUUUCAGGGUCGAAGCCGGUCUGCAAAGAAGUCGGCAGCUGGAAAGUUUUUCCAAAGCUGCAGCAGCUUACAAGCAAGGACACAGAGAAGUGGCUUCUUUUUAUGCACAGCAGGGACACUUACACGGUCAGCGGAUGCGUGAGGCCAAUCACCGUGCAGCCGUUCAGAUCUUUGAGAGGGUCAACUCCUCGCUUCUUCCUAAGAACAUCCUGGACCUCCAUGGGCUGCACGUGGACGAGGCCCUGGAGCAUCUGCGCCGAAUCCUCCAUGAUAAAACAGCAGACUGGAAACAGGGUCUGUGUCGACCGCAGCUCUCUGUCAUCACAGGAAGAGGUAACCACAGCCAAGGGGGCGUGGCCCGCAUUCGCCCAGCCGUUAUAAACUACCUCACCAACACACACUACAGGUUUACAGAACCAAAGCCUGGUCUCGUUGUGGUCUCUUUGAAAUAGAAAGGAAACUGGAGAGAGCAUUUGUGUGAAAGUUGCUACGAGAAGCAACGCUAAUUUACAUUUGACAUAUCACAGAUUAGUAUGGUACCUCUUUAUUGUGUCUUACGUCCUUCUGUCUUUAAACCAGCUUAAAAUGUGAUUAUUCAUAAGAGGGAUGUUUCUGUAGGUCGGACUAAGGGGUUUGCCGUGUCAUUAUUUUUUACAAUAAGAAACCAAAUAUAGAUGGAUUUUUAAAAUAUUUUAAUACUUUUUUAUUGUGUGCCACUGUGCUGGCUUUACAUUUUGUCUUUUAAGAUAUUGAAAAUCAAAAAUCAAAGCAAAUUAUAAAAGAAUGCAAACUGAAACAUUUAGCUUCAGGGUUGUUUAUAUUUUUUUAUUUUAUUUUUUGAUUAUAUGAACACUGCUUUAUACAUUCUGUAAAUUGCAUGUGUUUUACUGAUGCUUUGUGAUUAAGGUGAAAAAAGGCCAAAUACUUGAGAAACAAUAGUUAUUUUACAAUAUAUUGUAACGUUGUAAAGAGAAGGUUGUAUUUUUUGUAUACAUUUUAUAUUAUGUUGAAACCGAAUGGUUGUAUCAAGAAAUAAAAUGUUUUUGAAUGUUUCA